UCGAGACCAAAAUUUCAUAAAUUUCAGAUUUUUAAAUAUGUCUACUCAAAAAAAGACUAUCGACUUUGAUCCUUAUAAAGUACUUCAACUUCAAUCUGGAUGUACAUCGUCUCAAGUCGACAAAGCCUACAAGAAAAUGGCAUUAAAAUGGCAUCCAGACAAGAAUCCAGACCAAAAAGAACGUGCUCAACAAAUGUUUUUGAAAAUUUAUCGGGCAUUUGAAUUCCUCAAAGACGAGAUUGCACGGGGGGAUUAUGACGAACAAAUCGCAGCAAAACGGAAAAGAGCGGAAUUUGAAGAAACUAGGCAAGCAACGAGCUCGAAGGAAAGACUUGCACAUUUGACAAAACUUCGCGAGGCUGAAAAAAAUGCUGCGGCGGCAAGAGCAGGCGAAAAAAGGAAAGCAGAAACUAGGGAUUCCUUAAUUGAAGAAUUGAGAAGGGAAGGGGCUAAAAUGAUGCAACAAAUGAAGGAGGAACAUGAAAAGCAGCAAAGGAAUGAAAGUCAAUUAAUGUCUGACCAACAGAAAAAACAACAGAAAAACCAACAAAAGGACAUUAACAAGGAGCUAAGUAAUGAUGUAGAUGAAUUAGAAAGGGCGUUAUUUGGAGGGAAUUUUUUUUUUAAAUUUAUGGUUGAAAUUAUGACGGUCGACAAAGGAAAUAAGAGUACUGAAGUUGUGGAGAAAAUAUCAACGGAAGUUUUGCGAAUGAAUUUCAUGAAACGAACUACAGUUCGCUUGGAAAAACAGCAGAGGGCUCAACAGCAACAAAAAGCUCGUGAAGAUAUAUUUACUGGUAUAAUGGCAGUAGAUCCUCCAAAAUAUUAUCCAACCGCUGAGCACAUCGACGAUGACCCGAAUUGGACGCUUGGUGGUGUUAUGAGCGAGUGGCGCUAUACAGUUUUGGAAAAUAUGAGAUUUGGGCGCUUCUCUUUUAAAGGACAAAAUCCGGAGGUUGAGAAAUUGAUGGAGUUUCACGAACGCAGAAGACUUUGCUUGCCUGACUUGGAUCCGAAGAACAGCGAUGACGAAGAAAAUGCAGAUGGAAGUGAUUCUACUGAGGAAGGACAGAUAAGCGAGGAGGAUGAGAAACCAGCUUAUUCAUCAACUGAAAGAAAAAGGAAAGGAAAUUUUGAAAAUGCUGGAAAGAAAACUUUUGAAAAUUCGAAUAAAAAAAGGAAAUGGGAUGGAGGACGACACUUUAAAGUUACUGGAAGGUUUCCAAAGAAAUGA